UUCCCUAGAUUUGUCGGACUGUUGGCUAAGCUAGCUAAUGUUUGGAUGUUAGCUACCUUCUAAAGUUGGCCAAAGGAGCCAAAUAAAGACCCAAAACAGCAACAAUAAGGCGACGUAAGCUCGGUUGGACAAUAUGGUUGUGAAUCUCUGUCUGCCACACUUUUAUGCGACAGUUCAUUGCAACAAGCUCUGUGCAGAUGGCUAUGAUGUCACAAACCUUGUGUCAGCCGACCCUGCUCUCCGGAGGCAGGGCUUCAAGCUGGAGUACUUCCUACGACCACCUGUACAGGUGACGCUGAAGUUUGGUUUCAAAGUGGAGCUGUACAGGGUGGAUGUGGAGCUUUGGCCCUGGGGUAUGGACAAAGGACAAGCCUGCAAGAGACUGGAGAUCAGCACCAGCUCUGAAUCCACACCCACACAGAAUUUGGACCAAGGCAACAAACGGGUUCAGCAGAAACAAAUGCCGGUAAAGGACCAGAAACAGUGCAGAGAUAAACAGCAGGGGCAUGGCAAUAAAUCUCGUCAGAGCAAUGGACACCAGUGGAGACAUCAGGCCCAGCAGUGGUGUGGAGAGGCUCCAGAUGAGCCUCAACAAAGAAGCUAUGCGUUCAAGUCAAACACUGAAUCCAGUAACCCUGAACUAGAGUUUAAGCUGAUAGGCCGCUGCGAACUCAGGGAGGAAACCCAAGUCUGUUUCACACGUUCAAAUGUCAGGCCCCGGCCCCCGUUCCUCUCCUCACUCCCCCCACAACCUGCGAACAGUCGCCAAGAGGAUCUGUGGAGUCGGGGUCUGCUCUCAUUGGGCGCUGUGACACAACUCCGCGUGACUUUGCCAUUUGGCGGUUCAGCAUCUGCUCUGGGGCUCAAGACUUUGGCUGUGUGGGGGCAACCUGCUCGCUGCUGUCCUGCAGAAGAAGUGGCGAGAAUUAAAAAAGUCCACGAGGACAGCCAAAGACAGCUGCCAAGACCUUCGUUCUUUACCCCUUCUGCCAGCCAGAUGAAACCACUACUGCAAGCAGAUACACCUCCAUGCCAUCUUUCCAUCCCAGAAGAGUUCCAUGACCGGAUAACCCAAGAGGUCAUGAUGCUGCCCAUGCUGCUGCCCAGUGGCGUGUCCGUUGACCACAGCACGCUGGAGGAGCACCAGAAGAGGGAAGCCACCUGGGGUCGACCCCCAAACGACCCCUUUACUGGCGUCCCGUUUACUUCCACCUCCCAGCCUCUUCCUAACCCUCAACUGAAAAGCCGCAUUGACCACUUCCUCCUGCAAAACAGUAUGAUAAGGAGGGAGGGGAUGUUGGGGAGACAAGGGGAGGGAGAGCAUCCACAGGCCUCGAGACUUUUAGACUCCAAUGUAGAAGGACAGUCCCAGGACUCUCAAAGUCUCAGUGACAGCUUGACAAACAACACUGCUUUUCACGAUAAUGCUUGCACCAGCAACACAAACAGGACUACUCAAGUAGAAGACACUGGAUUAAGUCAUUCAUCAGAUAAUGGGAAUCACAAAUUUCACACCCAGUCUCUUAACACGGAGAGGAAAUCGGAAAGAAGUAUGAAACGAAAUCUAGGUGGAGUUUCCGAAGAAUCCACAGAAGGUUUGCCAGCAGACAGGCAACUACUACAGCAGACAAAAAGACCAAGACAUGAUGUCGCUUCUGUUUUCAGCUCUCAUGAGCAGCGUUUGUCAGCCAGCCUGGAUGAGGCCCUCUUCUCCGCCCUGCAGGGCAGACCCUCCUUCACCUCAAACUUGACUCAGCAGAAACGGGUUACACCUGAUUCUGAACUAGUGAACCCAUCACAGCAGUGUCAGGCUGCCGGCCCCUCGAGCAUCCCACAAGGUGAGAAGACGUGCUCUGCGUGUUCCUGUUCGGUCUCUGGCUACUCCAAAUCUGCAUCCUCCAUCUACCGUCUUACUUGCGGCCACUUGCUCUGCCACUCCUGCCUGCGGAGGGAACCACAACCACCAAGCUCUGUCACCAUAUCAACUGCCAAUCACAUCUUGUGUUCAGCCUGCCAAAGCACUACCCCGCGUAGUGAGGUCAUACGCGUUCAUCACUAACAGAUAACGUGUAAAGGCAAAUCAACACAAUGAAGAGGAUGUUCUGAAGGUGAAACCAGCAUUAUACCUGAGAUUAAGUGUUUCAUGUUUCAGACAUUGAUACUACUCUCAUUUUUUGUAUACUUUUGUAAUAUUUCUACAUUAUGAUUUUGAUUCACGCCUGAGUUUUUGAAAUCUGUUUAUAAUAUUAUUUUGGCACUUCUUGAACCCGCCACGUCACAAAUUCAACUUUGUAUUUAUGUCCACAGCUUAGAAAGAACAUCACUGAAAGCAAUGACCUUUACAAAAAUCUGCAGAAAAAGAAUGCUUAAAGAAACCCCCUCCCCCUUUGCCUUUUCAUCCAGGGUUGAAGCGUUGUUGCAGCCUUGGUUCUGCAGACCUUGUACACAACCUGACCUUGUAGAUGUGUUGGGAAUGCAAAAAGAAAAGGUUCUGGGACACAAGCAUUUGGAGCAAGGGGCCAGAAGAAUGAACAUGAAUUCAUGUCUACCCAAGGCCGUUUGGCCAUUAUGAAGAAUCACACUUGUCAUGCUCAUCCUUCCCCUCUUUCCUUCACUCUAUUCACCAUUUUACAUUCCCUUAACUCUGGUAUAUUGUUCUUGUCUUAACAGAAAUAAAGGCAGAAAAUGUAGAUGACUUCUUCGUGUUGGUUCUGUUCAAAUAUAUAUCUUCAUUAUUAUUAAAAUGUCUCCAUAUAUCUCCAAUAAGAUUAUGGUUCUAGUUUUAUCACUGUUUUUUAAAGGUGCAAUGUUAUGAGAAGCUACAUGUACUCCAGUGUCCUUGCCCAGGUAUUCAUGUUCCUUCCUCUUAACACUUCAACCUAAUUACCUCUAAUGAGUUUGUCUUGCAUUCACAAAAGGGUUAAAUGGGUAGUCAGGAAAAACAGCAUUUAUUGGGCUUUGCAUCCACAAGUGGCAAUAUUUAUGUGUUGGUUACCCUGACAACAUUAAGCUUAACCAAGGUCAUGAUCCUGUAUCCGCUCAGAGUAAAGGCUGAAUCAGUUGUUCUGCAUGUGAACAAAAAACAUAAUCUUCAACACAUCAGAUACAAGUAUCGU